AAACCCAAACCACUUCCGAUCUCGCCACGUAAACAAUAUCCUUUUCCUCCAUGACUUGGCGAAAUCUUGAAAGCAUGGUGCUCCUUGCGCACCCCGCGUACCGAAGACGCAGCCCUCGUCCAAUUACCCGCAGCGCGAACCGGUCUUUCCUUCCCCUCCUUCGUUCUUCUUUGGUUUGCCCUCUCUCCCACGCAAAAGAUAACUUUCGAAACCGCCAUUUGUCUUAAUUUUCUUUGUUCUUUCGUUUUACUUCGAUUAAAACAAAAUACCAGAGGAAGGACAGCUCGCUAUGUCGAUUCGCCAUCUGCAAAAUUCGAGAAUUUUCUUCCGUUUUCUCGCCUGGUGGAUCUUAUUCAGCUUUUUUCCAGGAUUAAUUUCCUCGGCAGUAGUUACAUUGGAUUCAAUUGAAAUAUUCAAAACGCACGAGUUGAUAGGAAAACCGACGGUUUAUUUCUUAUGCAAAGGAGAGAACAGGACGGAGUUGCCAGAUGUCACCAAAACAGGCGUCGUCUAUUCCUUCAAGGGUGAAGAAUCUUGGCAGCCUCUGACUGAACUUGUAAGCAAGAAAUGCAAGCGAUGUGGAUUCUAUGAGAAGGACACCAUUAAAGCAGAUGAUAUAUUUGCAGAGUGGGAGUUCUGUUCUUCUGACUUUAAAGCUCCAAAAUAUACAUUGUUUAAAGAGGAGGAAUUUAAUGCUACUUUCCACUGUCCAGAUUGCACAUCUCUUCCAGCUGCUUCUAACACAGCUCCUGAAAAGCAUGACGAUGGGAAUGGAAUGCACGUUGCUGUAGUGAUACUGAUCAGUGUGCUGAUUUCAACUGUAACGAUAGUUGCACUGGUGAUGGCAUAUAAAUACUGGCAAAAGAAGAAGAGGCAACAAGAUCAGGCUCGGUUCUUAAAGCUGUUUGAAGAAGGGGAUGACAUUGAGGAUGAACUAGGCCUUGGUACUGUAAUAUGAUAAAAAUAACCUGGUUACCUCCUGUACAGUAAGUUGACCUCACAUAAAUUUUGCUUCUUGUGGGAGGGAAAAAAGGAUAGUGUCACGUCUUUGUGCAAAUUAUAACAUACAUUUCAACAGCUGUGUAUUCUAAGGUGGCUACAUAUAUGUAUAUAGUAGAGCUUUGUGGCCCUGUUGGCACAUCUAGUAGUUAACAGGUAUCUUGGUCCUAAGACUAAUAAUGAAGAGAAAUACUUUUUGCUUAUAUUAGCACAGAAAUGGAAUUAUCAGGA